CAGCUGACCUUGGCUUCGUCCAAAGUUUGCUCUGCUUAUAAUUUCCAAUUGGAUCUUGGGAGAGCGGAAAGUCGCGUGUUCUGACUGACCUGCAGCUGGGCGGAAUGGCCACGUCUUUUGCGAACUUCAGCGCCUCUGAACCCGAACCCACAGUCGCCCAGGACUACCAAGAUCUCAAAUCCACGGACAUGGCAGAGGAAGGGCGGAAACACUUUGGGAGAGGGUUGCCGCCACCCCAGUCGGCAUUGGACCGGAUCUGCCCCACCAGCCGCCUGCUCCUCCUCGUGGCCGGCCUCUGCGCUGUGCUCAGCCUUCUGGUCAUUAUUAUGGGCACCAAGGGGGCACAGUUUGGCACAGCGCAGCAGGAGACCUGGGAGUCCCUCCAGAGCUUCAACAAGACCGUCUCGGUGGGCCUCAGCAGCCUCCAGCAGAAGCGAAACAGCACCAGCUCACGACUGACCACGUUGGAGCAGACCUUGGGCCGCGAGGGCAACGAGACAGAGAAAAUCAAGAAGCGGCUGGAAAGCUUGCUGGCGAUCCUGCACCAGGACUCGAACUCGCUGCGUUGUCAGCUGGUGGAGCUACAAAGCAACGGUAGUAAGUCCGGCUGCUGCCCUAAAGGCUGGGCAGUCCAUCACGAGAGCUGCUAUUGGAUGUCCCGUCUUCAGCGGCCCUGGAUGGAGGCCAAGCGGGACUGUGAAGGCAAAGAGUCCCACCUGAUUAUCAUCAAUUCACCUGAGGAGAAAAAGUUUGUGGAUGAGCUCAGGAGGUCGGCUUACAUGUGGAUCGGCCUGACAGAUGUCAGCGGGACGUGGAAGUGGGUGGAUGAGACAGGCUACACCGUCCGCUCAGAGGACUGGGGUGAAGGUCAGCCAGACCACUGGUAUGGCCACACCCUCGGGGGAGGGGAAGACUGCGUCCACACGUAUCCUGAUGGCCGCUGGAACGAUAACCACUGUUCCCGUUCAUUCGCUUGGAUGUGUGAGAAGGAACUGAAGGUCUAGAGUCUAGACUCUAGAGGACGGGAAUCCCGGAAGUCUGCUGUGACUCCCAUGUUACAAGAGUGCCUCAUGGGUAGAGAAGUUGGGGCUUUUACUUCUUCCGCACGAGCUUUAGAAGUGCAAUAAUUCAUCUCAUCCAUUGGAUGAUUCUGAUCCAAAUCAUCUCUUGUUUUCUAAUUUUAUAUUUGUACCCCCAUGCAUAUGUGCAGUAAUAUUGGACAGACAUCUUACACCUGAUGAAACGGGCUGUAGUUCACAAAAACUUCAUAU